CAUAAUAUUGUCUUCUUCCAAAAUGUGGCUCAAAGAGACGAUUUUUAUUUCUAAUUUUUGACAAAUUCGAUUUGAUCCAAAUUGUUGAUUUUUCAGAUGGAGUUGAGAGUUCACAUGGACUGCCAUGGAUGCCAAAGAAGAAUUAGAAAAGCUCUCUCCAAACUAGAUGGUGUCGACAGCGUCGAAAUAGACAUGGCGACGCAGAAAGUGACGGUGAUGGGGUGGGCAAAUCCUGACGAUGUUCUGAAAACGGUGAAGAAGACUGGCCGGAGCGUCGAGCUCUGGCCAUUCCCGUACAACGCAGAUUUUAACGACUAUUACGGGAGCUCGGGGCAUAAUUUGUAUUCGAACGACGGCUCUAGGUACUACGGGCGCGAUAGUUAUGUACCCGUCGACACACAAUCGAAUUACGUCGAUUGCGACAACGACGGGUACUACCAACAGCCUAGCUAUUAUCCGGUUACUCUCGAAGAAAAAGCUACGACUAUGUUCAGCGACGAUAACGCUACUGGUUGCUCUAUAAUGUGA